GUCGGGUCGGGAGCGCCCGUGACGUCACCGCCGCUCUGUUGUCGCCUGUGCAGAGCUCGAGCUGUAAGUGCGCGGAAUCGCAAUCAGGUUAACAACAAACAACCAAACAAAAUCCGUGAACGCGCAGAGUUUUUAGAGUGCUGGUGCUCGGUGGGUUAUUGGCAUUCAUCCGGACCGUGUUCCACGUUGGUGUGUUGUGCGUUAAAGCGAAGGAAAGACGCGCAGAAGUAAAACAUGGCAGAGUUGUUGGCCGGGUUCGGCUGUUAUACGCACGCUGUGGUUCGAGCGGUUCCUCGGUCUCUGGCCACUCAAGCGCUCAGAAGCGGCAAUCUGGAGGUGGACCCGCUGAAAGUCCAGCAGGAACAAGAGUAUUAUGUGUCGGUUCUGACGCAGCGGCUCGGUCUGGAGGUGAUCGAGCUGCCCGCGGAUGAGACUCAACCGGACUGUGUGUUUGUGGAGGAUGCUGCGGUCGUGUGCGAAAACACCGCGCUCAUCACUAGACCCGGAGCUGAGAGCAGACGCGGGGAGGCGGAGGCCAUGAAAAGGGCACUGACCGAGCUCGAUCUGAAUAUUGUAGAGAUGACCGAUGAAACGGCCACACUGGACGGAGGAGAUGUCUUAUUUACAGGAAGAGAGUUCUUCGUAGGAUUGUCCAAGAGGACCAAUCAGAGAGGAGCAGAGAUUCUGGCCGACACAUUUAAGGACUACUCCGUGUCCACGGUUCCAGUACUACAGGGAUUUCAUCUGAAGAGUUUCUGCAGCAUGGCCGGACCGGAUCUCAUCGCCAUCGGCUCCAGUGAAGCCGCCCAGAAAACCCUAAAGAUCAUGCAGCAGAUGAGUGAUCAUAAAUACGAUAAGCUGACGCUUCCUGAUGAUUUGGCUGCAAACUGCAUCUACAUGAAUCUGCCGAAUAAAGGUCACGUCCUGCUACACUGCACACCUGAAGAGUUCCCUGAGAGCGCUAAGGUGUUUGAGAAGCUGAAGGAUCACAUGCUCAUUCCAGUCUCCAAUGAGGAAAAGGGAAAGGUGGACGGAGCUUUGACCUGCUGCUCGGUGCUCAUUAACAAGAAGAGCAAAAUCUGAUGGAUCUCCUCUCUUCUCCUAUGGAUUCUUUCCUCUUCUCAGUUUUCCUCUCGUUCUCUUAUAAUCGCAUUAUAAGGGUUGAAUGUACACGUGGUCUAUAACACAACAAUUUGGUGUCAUUAAUAAAACAUGUACUGAACACAUUUCUGUCAAUAUCAUUUCUGCUCUAACCGCUCUUUAGUACAUUAUGUUCAAUUGAAUGCACUGAUUAAUGGCAUUGGACUGAAAUGUGAAAAAAUGUUACGCACUUUAUGUUUAAAUCUUUUCUUAAAGCAACACUAAAGAGUUUUUUUUUACCUUAAUAUAACGUUUUCAAAAAGGUUUCAAUCGUUCAUCCACUCAAAACAGGGUGAAUGGCACUUUCACAUUCGCUUUGCAGCCCUCUAUCGGCCAAGACCGCACUAAAGAAGUUUCCAACCGUCAUGUCGUGGUCAUGUAAUUCGAGUGAAAACUACAAAAACUUGCUUUACGACAAUCCAAUCAGAGCCAGCAUGCUGCAGUAGGCUAAGUUAUUUACGACAGUGGUAAUGGACAAUUCCUAUUCCAACCUGUAGGGGGAGCAAAGAGCAAAAACUCUUUAGUGUUGCUUUAAACGCACAUUAAAAUGUUUACGAACAAUUUACUGUACACAGAUUUGUUCUGUCUGUGUCUGAUCUCCUGUGCAAAAAUCUGCUUUUGUUGUUUGUAUUUGAGGGUUUAUGAACAAUUAUUUUUCCUAAAGUUUUGUGUUUAAAAUGAAGGUCAUGUGACAUUUUGCUAAAAGCUGAUUGUCCUUGAUUACUGUGACGCUGUUUAAACUGUGAUGUCCAUUCAGAUACCUCAGGUCAAGACCUGCUUUUGUUCUGUAUGCUUGAAAUAAUAAGAAUAAGGCUGUUAAGGCCCAAGUACACAUGAAGUGAUAAAUCCCAUAAUGCCCAAACUUCCAAUGCCAGGUAUCCAAAUGAACUAGAAAUGGUCAAAUCACCCUUUAUUUCAUCUGGCUGCCAAAAGAAAAUAUUUUACUCACAAUUAGAUUAAAUAUAACCACACUAUACUGUAAAAAACUAGAUUUUUUGUCAAAUCAAAAUAUAUUUUUGUUACUUUAACUUAAAAAAUUAAGUUAAACUAUUUUAACAAGUUAUGUCACCUUAUCACAGGUCAAAACAACCCAUACAGCAAAAAAUAUAUUUCAAAUAUAAUAUUAAAUAUAUUUCAAAAUAUACAAAAAAUAGCCAAAAAAAAAUGUACUGAAAUAUAUUUUGAAAUACAGAAACAUACUUUUACCAUUAUAUUUUCUGGCCAUUUUUUGUAUAUUUUGAAAUAAAUUUUAAAAAAUAAAUAUAUUUAAAUCAUUUAUCUUCACGUUGCAUUGGAAGAAAAACUUUGUAUGUUACAAACCUGUAAAUAUAAACAGGUUUAAAAAGAUAAAAAUGAAAUAUAUUUUCAACUGCAAAAAUAUACACAUAAUUUGAUAUUUUAUACAUACAUUUUAUACUAGCUUUGCCAGGUAAAAUAUAUUUUUGCUGUAUGGUUUGUAAAAUUAUUUUAUUAUUAUUUAUUAAAAUUGCCCCUGAAAUACAUUUUGAAAUAAAUGUUACAUUUUAAUUGCACUUUACUUUCUACAAAAUGUUUGGCAUAUUUAAAACAUAUUUUGUUUUUUUAUAUAAGAAAAUCAACUUCAUGCUGCAUUUUUUUUUUAAGUAUAUGAAAUAUUUCUGUAUUUUUUUUUCUAAACCAAUAAAUGAAAAACGCACAAGUAUAGCUUUUGAAAAGACAAAUUGAGUUUAAAAUAUGUUGUAAUACAUCACUUUUUUUUCUUCCUAAAGAGAAAGAUGAAGAUGAUUCACAGGUCAAGGUCAGGAAACUGGACCUUAAUGAUGUCAACACAUCAGCAAACUUUAAAAAUAAUGUGAAUUAUACAACAUGAUGAAUGCCUGUCCAGUUUACCAAAUCUUUUUUCAUUCUUAUAUGUUUUUCAAAUAUGUUAUCAUUAUUGCCUGCCAGAGAGAUCUGGCGUUUUUGGGGGAACACACAAUAUCAGCCGGUCAAAACAUUUCCAAGUCACGUUUUCUGACAUCAUGCUCACAGAGAUAUCAGUUUAUCAAUCUCCACAUCCAGAAGAAAUUCUUUCCCUGUUUCAUCAUGAAUGUGUUUCAUCCCACUUUGAUUUUACUGGUUAUGAUCUUCAUACCAUGAUUUUUUUCUCUUGUAUUUUCCUUUAUGUGCUGUUUCAGAUUAAUGAUAGAAAUCAGUGAUUUAUUUUUCUUCAUUAUUCUUGUCUGAAAGUGUUUUGAAGAUGUGACUCAGGUCAAAUUAACAUUCUGUCAUUUAUUCACCCUCCUGUAAUUUCAGUAGGUGUAGGAAAAAAAUGAUACCUACUGUAUGUAAUAAAAAAUGGUAUGAGUUUAGGA